AUUUUUAGAAACAUCGGUUUCCCGUCAGGAUAAAAAUAGAACUAAGAAGAUAAUAAUAAUGUCAAUAAAAAUAUUGAAUCUAUAACAUUAGGCUUCAUGCUUUUUUAAAAAUGUAAACAGUGAACAGUGUUUAAAACAGUUUAGACCCAGUUUAGUUUGUUUAGUGGUGAGCGAAAACGGAUAACAAUUUAAAAUCUCAAGCUGCAUUCACUGCAUAUUCGUAAUUGUAAGUACUAGUACUAGUGAGUCUAGUGAAGUUUGUCAAAUUAAUAAAAUAUUAUAAUUAUAUAAUAAUAUAUAAUAUAAUAUAAUUUUUUUUAAAGUUAAAGAUUUAAGUUUAAGGCAAAUUAAGUUUAAGGAGUCUGGACUAGAGUCUAGAGUAAUAAUUUAUGGUAAUUUAUAAUUUAGGCUUAAGUCUAUAAUAUAAUUAAUAAUUAUAGUAUUUAUUAUUUAAAUUAUUAUAGUAAUUAAUGGUAAACGGUAAACCCUUAUUUUAGCGUUAAUACUAUUAAGUUUUAAGUAUUAAUAAUAUAAUAAUUGACUUAGGCCCUAAUUAGUCUAGGUCUUCACUUAAUUACCUUGACUUAAGUCUUAGAUCGACUUAGUAACUAGUAAGUAAGUUAAUUAAUAUCUUUCUGAUCUACUCUCCUGCGCCAAAUUUAAUCUUUCUGGUCAGAAAAGGAAAUCGUGUACCCUAAAAAAUUUGUGUGAAAUGAAAUAUUUGAACUUUUACAAGUAUAAUUUUAAUAUUUUAUAAUUUUAUAGGUUUAAAAUACAGAUAUUUAAAUUUUCAAAAGCAGUUGUGCAAACCACAUCAAAGAACAAAUAUAAACACUACAAUUAAACUAUUCCUCAGAGUAAUUCAAGGUCAUUCAGAGGCCCAGGCAACCAAGUAAUGCCUAAUGGGGUCCUCAAGGCUGGAAUUUUUUUAUACAAUUAGAUUUGAUACUUUAUUUUUUUAAUUUGUGGAGGCCCAAAAUCCGGGUUUGCUCGGAGCCCCCAAAUCUUCUGCAUGGCCCUGAACUAAUUGAUCUGUCAUUACUCUUGACUCUUGAACUGAUAUAACUUGGAUAAAUAUUUAAUUAUUCUGUUGUGAUUAUGGGAAUAAGGGCUACCACAUUCUCUGCAACAGUGUACAUUAAUCUUCAAGCUCAUCACUAAUUCCAACAAAUACACAUUACACAUUGCAUGGUAAAACUAAAACAACAUGCAACCAACUUAAUUUUUGCAGUGUGUGAAAUGUUUUCAUCUAUUUCCAGGAUAAUAUACGGUCCACCAAGAAUAAAUAAAUGGUGGAACAAGAAAUGUUUAAGCUUGAAAACAAAAGACAGGAUAAUGUAAAACAGGGGUCUCAAACUCCCAGCCCGCAGGCCAUUUGCGGCCUGCAAGACGAUAUUUUGCGGCCCGCGACAUGCCAGCAAACUUAAGUGUUAAUGCGGCCCGCGCGUUUUUCCCAUUCUUAUAUCUAUAAUGUGACACUCCGCGGCAGUUUCAGUCGAACCUCACCGACUAGUCUAAUUCUGAUUUUUGUUACGUUUGUAGGCCUAUAGAUUUUGACAGUGAUUAUAAUGGUAAAAACAUUUUGAAAUUGGACUAAAAGAUUUUAAUUUGUAGCAUUUUUGCGAAAUCAUGGCCAAAAUGCGGUUUUGAGAAAACGGGCUUCGAAUAUUAUAUUAUAUAUAAAUAUAUACAUAUUUCAAAAUUUUAAAAUGUCUGUUGAUGGGUAAUGCACAAAGAUAAUUGUGUAAAUCGUAGCAAUCUGACACAGUAUUAAAAUUUCCGCUAAUGUUUACCAGUGAGGGAAAUUCCGAACCUGUUAGCUUGGUCACUUGUGCUGUCAGGUCUCUGGCAACAAGCAGUAGAAAAAAGAAAGUGAAGCCUAGUUCUUGAGAACCCUUAAUGUUUUUAUUAGUUAUUACUAAAGGUUGAGCAGGUUGUAACAGUUUCACUUUAUCAAAUUUGUAAUUGCUUUUUUUGUGGAAUAUUUGAUGCGGCCCAGUCUCACUCAGACUCUGCUUCCUGCAGCCCCCUGAUAAUCUGAGCUUGCGACUCCCUGAUGUAAAAGGAAAUUUCAGCUAAAUGCCAAAACAGGGAGCAAUAAAUGAUUAGAAAAUAAAAACAAAUGUGUUUGAAGAUCUCAGUCUAGAAUUGGAAGAUAGUUCAAGUAAUUAAUUAUAUUAAAUUGUAAUUAUUUAAUAUAUCGAUAAAUAGAUACCAUUUUAAAUUAAAUUUUUAUACUGUAUAUUCUUUUCUAAGCAAAAAAGAUUCCGUUUUCCUUUAAAAAAAUAAGUAUGGCUGACUUGAAGAUAAUAGGAGAUUCAAACUUGAGCCAACUCCCUGGUUUACUGUUUAUGAAGAUUCGAGAUCAUCUUGAUGUUAGUGAUUCCUCAACUCAAGGUUGGAGGGCAGUAGUGGCAGUACUAGAUGGAAACUAUACAAUGUGAGAGACAAAUAAGUUUAUUGAACUGUUAACAAAUUCACUACAUUAAUGAUGUUCAGCAAUUUUGUGAAGAAAUCAUAUAUAUUGAUGAUAAAACAGAUUAAAAAAAUGGGCGCCGAAUUAACUUCACAUUUACGGUUUAUAAGUCGUAAAAUCCUUAACUUAUUUAGAGCUCUCUUCAUCAAACAAUAAAAAAGUCAUUGCUACCAACUCUGUCUGUGUCGGGAUGUUAAUUAAUACCUCUGCAGGACUUGUCAUUAAACCUCAAAGACUUUGAUUUAAACAAUGGGUAAAAAAAAAUUGGUAUGCGUUAGAAGAUUCCAAGAAAAUGUGAACAAAAUCUUUUUAAGAGUAAAGGUCAGACAAUGUACACUUUUAAUUGGCCUUCUUUGUUAUUGUAGUUACUUAAAACAAUGCACAUAUUUAUUUAUUUAUUUCUAAAGUAUUUGUGUUGUAAUCAAUAUGGUUUCUUUUUCAAAAAUUUAAUGUUUGGCUUUUUCAAUCAGAAAUAAUAUAGCACCUUUUGAAAGAGCAGAUAGUCCCACAACAAAACUGUUAAUGGAACUCGGUUCCCGUGGAAUGACAGUAGAGGCAUUUGUGCGGUAUGCUAUAGCUGCCAAUGAUCAUGUCAUCAUGGACUUGUUUAAAAUUUAUGGUUAGUUAACAAAUUAUUAUACUAAUUUUUUUCCCCUAAAAUAUUAAAUUAAAUCUCAUUAAAGAAUGUUAUGCAUCUCAGUAAUAUGCAAAGAAAAUUCUUGAUUAACUUAAAAUUUUUGUAUGUGCAGUUUAAGUUCACUCACAUAAUACUAGCGGAAAUAUUCAAAGUAAUGUGCAUUGAUACUCGUAUUUUAUCUUUCAAGAGUGGCUGGCAUCUGAAUAACGAGAUUCGUUAUUGCAGUAAGUAAUAAUCAAACAGUUGUUUAAAUGUUUGAGCUAUUUCAUUGCUUUUAAAUUCUUUUUGUUUAGUUCCAGUGGAAAUAACUCACAAUCCCCUUAGUGAGAUGCAGGUUUUAGAAGGUGAAACAGUAGAGUUUGCAGUGAAGGCAAAGGGCUUUCCGCCACCACAGUAUCAGUGGUACAAAAAUGGAGAAAAGAUGAAUGGAUUUUCAGAAAGUACUUGCAGAUUGAUUUCUGUUACGUAAGUAAGACACUUUUGGCUGAAUGUGCAGUUUGGUUAGUUGUUCUAAAUAUUACUUUGUUUCAAAACGAAAGAAAAGAAAAUUAUAUUCUACUUUUUUAUGUUGACUUCAUUUGUUCUUCAACAAAAGCUUUUCAAAGAGUUAAAAAUUAUUUUUAGGGCACGCAGUGCUGAAUAUGCCUAACAGUUUUAAUUUCAAGUUGAAAGGGGCUUUGUUCGGAGUUUAUAAUUAAUAAAAUAAAAUAAAUUUAUUUGAUAUAUCUUUCAUUCAUUGACAGAAUUUCUGAUAAUGGUCAGUAUUACUGUAUUGUAUACAACAAUGAAGAAUAUUCAACGAUGGAAAUGUCCACACCAACAAAAGUAUAUGUUUGUCAUGCUCGUAAGUUUAUUUUUUUAUUUACUUUAGAUGACGUGGUGUAUUUAUGAAAUAGACUCUUGAAAUAAAACUUGUAUGGUGUCACAAUGGAGUUAAUUUAAGGAUAUUUUUCUUAUCAUUUUGUGUGUGUUCUAAAAUAAGUAUGUAGGAAAAUUGUUUUAUCUGAUCUUACUGCACAUGAAAAUAAUAAAAUGGCAUUUCACACACCAAUUUUAUCCUGCUCUCUGCCUAUCUUUUUUUUUUCUAUUCUCAGCUGACCUAGAAAUCAAAGAGCAUCCUCACUCCUGUAUCAUUUUAUUGGGUGGCAAUGCUCUAUUUAAAUGUGAGGUAUGGGGAGGAAUUAAUUUGACUUAUCAGUGGUUUCAUGGUGAACAAGAACUUCAUGAUGGAAAUGGUAUUAGUGGUAUGUACAUAGUAACAGUUUUAAUUAAGCCUGACAAAAAUAAUUUUAAUUUUUUUAAAUUUAAAUCAAUUUAUUUGGUAAUGUACAUAUGGAAUGAGUCAAAAAUAAAUAUAUGCUGUAGAGCACUGAUUUUCUGGAAGCCAGUUUUCCAAAAUGCUAUUGUCUUUUUUAUUAUUGUUAUCCUAUGCAAUGUGCAUGGCUUGGAGCAUUGAUAUACAAACAUUGAACAUCAAUUUAGAUCUCUGUCGCACAAUCCAAGUAAAUUCUAGAUUCAUGGUGUACAUGCAAUGACCAGACUGGGAUAAUAAAAUGGCUAAUUUAAUAACUAAUAUACCAUAUUGUUCAGAACCUAAGAUCAUUCUGGAUUAUAGGCCACAACCUUCCCAGUACCUGUGUUCACAUAUCUUUUUUUUUUUUUUUUUUUUUUUUUUUUUGUUGCUACUUCCCAAUUGUAGGCAAAACCCCUAGUUUAAAGACUUACAUUAGGUGGGAAAAAAUUUAGCCUUUACUCCAUGGGACUGUUCAGUUAUCUGAAAAACUAGGUCCCCAUUAGUUUAAUUGAUGCUCUAGUGCAACAUUCCCCAAAUGUUUGCCUGCGGAUCGGCACCAUGCUGCAAGCCUUACGCUGCCAGUGCGCACAACAUGAAUAUUAAUGGUCAAAUAAAAAGAAACUAUAAUUAAUUAAUCAGUCCUCGGUCUGUCGCAUUUCUUAAAUGUGUUCCCCUGUCUGUCAAACUUAUUAGUUUGGGAAACACUGCUCUAGUGUAAGAGAAAAAUGUAUCUUAAAAAUCAAGUAAGUUAAUUUUAAUACACAACAGCCAGCUCUGUGGUGCAAUAGUAACAUUAUCUGCCAAACAAACAAAGGGCAGCAGGUUUUAAUAAUCCUCAGCAAAUAUUUGAUUGAAACUGACUAGUAACAUAAAAUCCUGAUUCACCAAAGCUAGAAGACAAGAGCAAAUGUGGUAUUAAUGUAUAUCUGUGAAGGGUAAAAUAUUAAAAGUUCAGGAGAUGCAAUGUGAAGAAGUAAUUUUUUUUAACUGAACUUCUUAAAAAAUUAUUUUGUAAAACUUCUAUGAUGAAAAACUGAAAAUAGCUAUUUUUUGGUUCAUAGUACAUUUUCUAGGAAAUGUUUUAAUUGAAAUUUUGUUAAAAUUAUAAUUUGGUCUGUAAAUUCUGCACAAUGUUGCCAAAAUAAAAAUGUAAAUAAUAUAAUUUGGAAAAGCUAAAAUGUAGUUUGGACUACAAAUAUUAAUAGGUGAUAUUUGUUUAUGUUCUAUUUGUAAAUUAUUUGUAUUUUAAAAAGUGCUAAUUUUUUUAAAUAAGUUUUAAUUUGAAAUAAUUUAAUAAUUGUUGAAAACGCUGUCCUCUACAUUAUGUCGUUUCAUAAUAUCCAUUUCAUUUAUUUAAAAUAAAAUUGUUUACAUCAAUUUAUAUCUUAUUUACUAAAGGAUCCAGGACCAAUGAAUUAAGGCUGUACAAUGUACAAACUUAUGAAAGAGUAGGUUGCUAUUCCUGUCAAAUAUCAAGUCAAGAUAAACAGUUUUAUACUCGGGAGGCAUUUUUACAAAUAACAGUAUCAGAUGCCAGAAUGGACAGAAUUUACACUGGUAUGCACUUUUUUAAACAAUUUUGUUACUGGUAUGAAUAAAUUAUCUCAUAUUUACUAAAAAAACAUUUUACCAGUUUGCUAUUAGGAACACCCAAAAUUAAUUAUUAAACCAUCACAAUUUUUUUAAUGCACUUCAGAUAGGUAUAUUCAGAUUAAGUUAUAUUUUUUUUAUAAUUAACCAAAUCAUGACAUUUUAGUAGUUAAUGAAUGUAAAAAAGUGAACUAUUCUUUCGGUUCAAAUGCAAGUUAGCUAAACUUUCAAAUUUCAAUGUGAAAAGUAUGUCAAAUUAAUGCCUUGUUAACUCCCCCACCCCUUCUUCCCGUGCCGUUAUUUAAUGUUGCAGAAUCUAUAUUUAUUACAAAUUUUAGAGAAUGAAAAUGAGCUUAUUACAUAAUCUGACAUUCCAGCAACACAGCCACUUGCAAAGACACAGUCACACAUACACCCACCUUCGGAACGAGACUUUGAAUCUAAACACAAAUUGAAAUAAAUACAAAUAAUUCUUUUUAUCUCAAAAUUUUUUUUUGGGGUCUAAAAUGCUGUUAAUUGACUCUGGUAUUAUAAUCUGCGUGAAAGAAAACUGUAAAUUGAUAUCUAUAGCAGAUACACACAUGCAAAAACAAAGCGACAGCAGAUAUCAAUUUAAAGGGCAGUCAAAUAUUUUGUUAAAUAGCUGUUGAACCUUAUUCAUCUUUGUUUUAUUUUUUUUAAAAUAAAUUUAAAAUUCUGACUCAUUUAUAAGCUUACUAUAAGCACAUAAAGAGUUUAGGGAACAUCAAGUUAUUGGUUUCAAAACCAAUAAUCUGAAAUCCCAUUAUUGUUUAACAUCCUUAGUUACAAUUACACAAACGGGACAUUUAGACAAUGUUAACAAUUUUGUUUCCAGAACCUGAUAGAUUCUCAAAGGCUUUCAGGGUUACAAAACACUUAUCUAAUUUAUUUAUAAUGAAAUAAUGCUAUUGACAGGAGAAGUAAAAUAAAAACUUAAUAAAUGGACAUUGAAUUUCUUUUUUUUUUUUUAGCCACAGACAAAGUUGCUCUCUUGAUUGGUUGUUAUGACUACCGCAGUGACAGAUUACUGUCUGCUCCCAGACAUGAUGUUCAAACAUUGUGUGGCAUUUUUCAGUCUCUCAACUUCAAGGUCAGUUUACUAGGGUUUAUGUAUAGAAGCACAAAUUUUAAUGCAAAGAAAAAUGGAAGAAGUUGCUACGGUAAAAUUGAUAUGUUUUAAGAUUUGGCUUGUUAAACAAUUCGUAAAAAAGACUGAAAACCAGUAUACAAAGAAAAGCGAUACCAAAGCCAGUGAUAUUAGCAAUAUUCAUUUUAAUUAUACUAUUAAAUUUAUAGAAAAAUACAAGAUCAAAUCGACAGAAAUAAAACUAUAUUAACUUACAGCACAGCAAGUGAAUAAGUAUAAUCCUCGAAAGUUACAAAUAUUUAUAUAUUCACACACAUAAAGAGUACAGUCUUGUGAGGCCCCUAUUAAUAUGUCUAGUGGGGGAAGGUUUAGAAAAUAAUUUUUAGAAAUUGCAUCAUUCGACAGCAUUCUUUAGAGCAAAUAGAACAUAAACAGCCUUUUCCCAAUCAAGGGAGGGGUGGGUGGGUAUAGCACUACACAUUUAAUCGGUGACAUCAAUAUCAAAAAAAAAAAGGGGCAAACAAGUGGUGGUCGCCACAAUGCUACGUUAAAGUAAAAUUAGGUCAAGACACAUGUUAUAACCGUCGUUUUCAGUGGCUGGCAGUACAGGUACUCUAUAAACCCAGUGUAUAAUCAUUGCUUAUAAUCGUUCAAUUUAUACUUGAAAGGGUAAUUAAUAAUAUGAUUUCUUUCAUACAUUGUAUAAAUAACUGAUUAAUUUUUAAAAAUAGACUAUAAAUUAUAAAUGUUUAUAAAAGGAUAUCCAUUUUUUAAACAAACUUAAAUUUAAACAUAUAACAAUUGAAUUAACUAAUCAAUUUUCUUAAAAUAAAAUGUCUAUUUUUCAUAAUUUAAAUACCCAAACUCUAGUCUGGAGUGAUUUUGUAAUUGCAGAAUUCUUUACUGAAUAGGUUUAUUCCAUCAUUUAAAUAAUUUGUAGGUUCAUCUGUGAAAUCACCCUGGGGCAAUAUGUUGGGAAGAAAUUUGGUAAACUGGCAGUCCUGUUAUUGGGAGGCAUAAAAGUCACUAGCCUUCUUGAUGAUGGACUUAAAGCAGUCAAAUAUGCCUGCAUCCUGCCGUACUCAUGAUAGAAAUAAUAAAUUGCUACCCUAUAAAGUUAAAGUGUCUGCUGGUCCAUUUGUUCUCAACGUGAUUUACAGUAUUAGAGCUCUGUCUCAAAAUCUCUUAACAUCAAAUUCAGGAGAUUGACCAGUAUGCUGUUCAGUCGACUAAGCUGACUGAAGAGUAUUGAUUAUCAUUGUAUACUGGUAAUAUACACUUGGGUCACUGGAUGGAGUUUAAAACAAUACUGCACUCUGAUGGGAUGGAAAUUAUUUGAGAGAAUGAAACUCUGCAAACCUUUGCUAGCUUGCGGCUGCAAACCAUAGAUUAAAAGAUUAGUGAAAAAAACAAAACAGAAAAACCAGCAAUGGAGGUCCAUAAAAGUUAUAACAUUGACUCGCUCCUGCAACACCUCUGGUACCAUGCUGUAUCAUUUACUUUGAAUUCGCCAGCUGCAUGAAAGGAGGGAUCUCCAGACUGGCAACCAGUGAAUUCUCCAUAAAAAAAUCCAGGCCAUGUGAUUUCAACCAUUGAAAACUACACAGUCGUCCUUCAGAUGGACAGAUGGCCCCCCCAAAAAUUCUCUUAAAUUUACAGCAACAGAAUAUGUCAAUAGAAUAAUAAAUUAAACAGGAGAUGUGUUGCUGUAGAAUAUUUGCAAUAAACAAAUAUAGUUAAACAUAUCUAGUUUUUGAUAUAUUAUCAUUUGUCAGGCAAUUAUUAAGAAAUACUAAAACAGUAAACUUAUUUUCUUGAAUUUUUCCCUCAGGUUGUUUCUUUACUGAACCUAACCAAAGCUGAGAUAUUAUCAUCAGUGUUUGAGUUCAGAAAAUUGGUUGGAAAUGGGGUGUACUGUGUUUUUUAUUUUUGUGGUCAUGGUUUUGAGAUCUCAAACCAAUGCUUCUUAGUUCCCAUUGAUGCACCUUGUCUGUAUCGAAAUACCGACUGCAUCUCAGCAGACAAAAUAUUCAGCAGUCUUUUGCAACGGAAACCACAGAUUUGUUGCAUGAUUCUGGAUAUUUGUAGGAAAUCGUAAGCAAAAAUUCUUCAAAUUCGUAAGAUAUGUUUUAUGAUUAUGUAACCAUGAAUAUGUUCACCAUGAAUAUGUUCACCAUGAAUAUGUUCACCAUGAUAGUGUCAAAGUAAAUAGUUUUAAGUUUUACAUUUUAAUUUAAAAAAUGAAGAAGAAAAAAAAACUGAAUAUUUUAAACUGUUAUUGAUGCUUUUAAGAUUCAUAAACUUUUCAUAGUGAUGCACUCAUUAGUUUUUGGAGUUUGUAAAUCAGUCAUACAUGUACAUAUUGUUUAAUGCACUGCUUUUUUAAUCAAUAUUUUUCAGGUAUGGAGAUGAAACCAGACCUGCAAUUUUAACCCAAGAUAAAGUGGAAAAUGGGAAUGCUAUUGUUUGCUAUGGAACGUAAGCUACUUGGUAUUAUUCAAGAUAUUCUGUAAAAAGUUGUACAUUAAAUAUACACUGCAAAUAAAUCUGGAUUUGAUAUGUGAAAUGAUUAUAGCAUAGCUGUCUUUAAUGGAUCUGUGUUGGUUCAAACAGAACUGUAAAUAUAGACACCGCUUUAAGGGGAGAUAUCUCUGGGGCCUAUAGGCUAUAGCCAUUUUGUCCCCACUUAAGCAUUUCAAUUAUAGAUGAGGUUGUUUAGGUGAUAGGAGUACUGAUCUCUCAACCUCAAUUAUGCAUUAUUACAAGGCAUACUGUAGCCAGAAUUUAUGAAGAAUCAUUGAGUACCUACAAAGCAGUGGCCCAUUUAAGCCUGCUUAUACAUCUUAUAAUGUGACAAUGUUUUUAAUUGUAAUGUGCCCAGUAAAUCUUUAAAAGACUUAUGGUGUGCCAUACAUGAAAACUGGUUUCAGAUCUCUUUUAUGUUGAAGAGCAUGGUUAAUUUAAAACACAAAAUAAAUUAAUAAGCUGGUUAAUCAAUUUUAAAAAAAUAAAUCAUUAUUUACUUUUUUUUUUUUUUUCCUCUUUUUUUUUAAAAAUUCAGAUCUUAUGGUUUAGCUGCUUAUGAAGGAAGGAAUUUUGGCAUAUUAGUCAGUCAUCUGAAGGAUAUAUUAUAUCUGCCUAUAGACAUUGAAACUGUAUUCAAAAAGCUCAGAGAAGGUAUGCAAUUUACCGUUACCGGAAAUUUGUUUGUAAUAAAUUUCAUCAUCAGAAAAUUGAUCUAUCGAAGUUUGAUAUAACGGAAAUUCGAUUGAAUCUUGUUUUCAGUUUACAUGAUCAAAUUUUCCUCAAAUUUCUUUUUGAACACACUAUACUAUAUUAUAGUAAAACAGAAUAAUGCAUUCAAAAAGAAAUUUGACGCAAAAUUUGAUCAUGUGAACUCAAAAUAAAAUUCGAUCAAGUUUCCGUUCGACCAAACUUCCGUCUAUCAAUUUUCCAUCGAUGAAAUUUAUUUCAAACAAAUUUUUCAAAUUUCCGGAUAUGACAAUUUACAAUGUCUUUCUUUAAUUCAAGAACUUCAAGCUUUGCUGAAGAAAUUAUUUUAUUUCUUUUAAAUAAAAUUUAUUGUCCAAAUUCAAUUUGAAUAACUUUGGAGAAAAAAACGUGUAGGUACCAAACUACAGCACAAUAUUUUAAAAAAAAACAUGUACGCAUUUUAUUUUACAGCUAUCCACAAAGAUCCAAAGUUGAAUAAUGCCAGCAAUGAACGGUCUUACAGGCAAAUCCCAGAGAUAAGAACAAAUUUAUUGGAAGUUCAUCGAUCCUUUACAGAUAAAAUAGUAUACACGGGCCAAACAUCUGAGUACAAUUUCCGGAAAAUGCUUUGGGAAACAGCUCACAGUAAGACUAUAAUUUACUACAAUCAAAUAUUUUUAAUCUUUUAAAUUGAUUGCAUUAGCCUUAGACCAUAUUAGAAAUAUUUUGUUCUGCUGAGUAUUAUCAUUUUAUAAUGAAUUAAGACUGUUUUGGAUUUUACAAAGACAAGCACUUGAUUCUGAGAAGAGGAAAAGCUGGAGAAAUAUAUUUUUUAAUAUUAAGGGAAAUUUAUAUAUUUUCAAAUAACACCACUAGCAUGUUAUAUUUAUGAGGUUCAUAUUGUCAAAAGUUUAAAGUGUUUAAGUUUUUUUUAAUGUUUGAGCUUUGUUUGUUAUGUCCUGAUGUGAAAUAUUUGCCAUCAGUGUCAAGAGUGGGGAAUAAAGGGGAGAGACUGCAAUCAGGUUGGCAAAAAAGGAAAAUAUUAACUCCCUUAUUUUAAAUUACUGUGCAAUCACAUUCAUGACCUGUUUUUAUUUACCACAAUUUUUGUUUCUUGUUAUAACAUCUUUCAUUGAAAUUAAGCACUUUAUUUAUUUUUAUCACUCCAGGGAAACCAGAUUCAAUUAACUUAGAUGUCAAGUUUGAUAACUUCACUGUCAAAGUCAGGCUUGAUUUCCAGCAGGAGUUUUCUAAUGUACUCAAGAUUUACACAUCUGUUAUAGAUCCUGGGCCAACUGAAAAAUGUGUUGCUUAUGUCAGCGGAGUGCCUGUGGUAAGUGUGCAGUGGUUUGGGAAUAAAGAUUGAUGAAAGCUAGUAGAUUCCAGCUGUAGUGGAAGAAAUAAAAGAAACUAACAUUUUUCUUUUAACUGCAGAUUUUAUGUAGUUUUUUUUUUUGCUUGCAAAUCUGAUAAAAAAUUAAUGCAAAAGAGGAUUGACCAAUAAAUAAUCUUAAUAUGACAAAAGUAAAAAUGUUGUUUUUUUAACUCACAGAAUGCUGAGGAAUAACAAGUGCUUUAAAAAUAACCAUUUAAUAUAAAAACUGCUUAUGAGCAUAAAGAAAUCCUAUUAGUAGAGUUCUACUUGGAAAGAUAAUUAUGGUUUUCAUUCUUUUCUUUCUAAUAAAUCUAAGGAUGUUGCAGAAAAAGCAAAAGUGAGAACAAUUACUCAAGGCAAAGAUGGCAACCUUUCAAAAAAUUUUGUUGUAAUUCACAAUAUUCAACGUUUGAAGGUUAGUGUGUUCUAAAAAUAGUAGCUUUUGAAUUUUCAAAAAUUCUUAGGAUUUAAUUUAAGCAAUAUUUUUUGUUCAUUAAUAAUUAUUUUUGGCUACUUCAAAGAUUUACGCUAAAUAAUUUUUGUUAUAAUUUCACUGUUAUCAUUCUUGUUGGCUUAGGACUUGAACAUAGUAAAACAAGAUUAGUUGAGACUCUCCUCUCUAUGUCACAUUUGUCAAAUGGCCUUUGACAGAAAAAAAGUAUCUAGCCAAUUUUGAGGCACUAUGAAAUUCCAAUGAAAUUAAUAGCCAUCAUCAAAAUCCUUUAUGAACACUUUAUGAUCACUCUCUUGUCCUUGACUAUAUAAUCCAAAACUUAGUUAGGGCAACCGGAAAUAUACCAGGAUGACCAGCUGUAUGUCUUGUGUGUUUCACUGUGCUCUUUAUGCAUUCCAUAUCACUAGAGUUGUUGGAAUUGUGUCAAUAUCAUACCGCCCAUGGCACUCCAUUUCCAGAUUUGAUUUCAUCACUUAGAUGAGUUGCCAUCCAAGGUUAACAAGUCCCAUCCACCCAGAUAAACUGGUGAUGAUUUUGCUUUGGCUGGGGAUUGAACUCCAGUCCACUAACUUGAGAUUACCUCAGUUUAAACCACUCGGCCACCCAGCACUCUCUGCCCAGUGUAGUACAUAGCUGCAGACUGUCCAAAGAAUUUCAUGUUACAACUGGAGAAAAGCAAGGAUUUCUUCUUUCGUCACUCAGUUCCUCCUAGUACUAGAUAGGGUCACAAAAGAAGCAUACACAAAUUCAGGAAAAGGGAUCCAGUGGACUCUAACACAAAAGACUUGAAUUAGAAGACUUAGAAUUUGCAGAAGAUAUAGCCAUACUAUCUCACAGACUAAAAGACAUGCAAGAGAAAAUCACAUAGCCUUAAUAUCUCACAGACAACAAGACAUACAAGAGCAGAUCACAUAGCCAUACUAUCUCCUAGAAUACAAGACAUACAAGAGAAGAUCACAUAGCCAUACUAUCUCACAGACUGCAAGUACAAGACAUGCAAGAGAAGAUGACAGCCAUACUGUCUCACAGAGUACAAGACAUAAAAGAGAAUAUCACAGAGCUUUGAACGAGUCUGGGAAAAGAACGAGGCUGAAAAUAAAUCAUCAAAAAACAAAAAUAUAAAAAUAUCACAUAGAUCUUAUCUUCACUGUCAGAUGCCUCGAGAAAUUUUAAGAAUAGAAUAUCUCAAAGUACCCACUUUACUUGGGAUACAGAAAAGCUUAUGAUACUGCAGACAGUAUAAUGCUCUACAGGAACUUGGAGGCCCCAAUUAAAUAAAUAACCCGAAAUAUACAUAACAUGGCAUUAAAAAAUACAUGGAGAGUACUUGGAGUUCCAUUGGGUCUUGAUGGGGUCUCUGACAAGUAGACUCACUAUCAAUGAUACUAUCAUGUAUCUUGUUUAAUAUCUCAUUAGAAAAAGAUGUGCGAAAACUGCAUGUGAGCACCAGCGUAACAAGGACAAACUAUGUCCAAAGUAACCUUAUGGAACCACAACCAUUUGGUGAAUUAUUAUACAGCCCUUGCAGUACCUGGCAUAUACAGGGCAGAAAUAGCUAUGAAAUCCUUUAAAUUUUGAAGAUGCCUAGUUGAAGCUGGAUUAGAGGUGGAUAAAGAAAGACCAAGUAAAUCGUAAUGUCACGUGACAGACAUACAAAUGAUACCAACAACAAACAAAACAAAAACUUUGAGAGAGUAAAUACAUUCAAAUCCCUAGGAGCUCAAUGAAAUAAUGACAGAUGUGAAGAAAGGAUCUAGCAGGGAACCAGUCAUGUUUUAGUCUACGAAAGCUACUAGGAAGCAGAAGCCUUUCAAGAGAUACAAAGAAAAAUAUUUACCUUAAUAACCAUUAUGCUACCAGUAUUGAUGUAUGCAAGUGCGACAUUGACCCUCAUCAAGAAAGUUGAAAACCUUCUCAUUAAAAUAGUUAACUGGGGGAGGAAGAUCCUCAGAAAGAUAUAUAUAUAUAUAUAUAUAUAUAUAUAUAUAUAUGGGCCUUUAGGGGAUAAUGAUGAAUGGAGAUUUUUAAAAAAAAAAGAAAUUUACCAGUUGUAUAAGACCCAAGCAUAGCCAGGAUAAUUUUAAAAAAAUGUAGACUGCAUUGGACAGGACCCCUCAAGACGAUGCCAGAUUAUAGAGGAGCUUAAGUGCUACACAGUCAGAAUCCAAGUGGCAGAUGGCUCACCUCUUGACCAAGACUGAAGUGGAAUGUUGUUGUAGACAGGAUUUAACAUCAGUUGGGUUCCAAGCUUGAAUGAAAUGUCAAGGAUCUGUCUGCAGUAGGCCUGGGGCUUCAUGAGGGAGUAGUAACAUUGAUGAUGAUGAACAACUCACCUAUUAACUAAAAAUAUUUGUCCAAAUUAAUUCAAUUAAGACUCAUGGAGUCAUUUCCUAUACUUGCUUUCUUUACUUAACACUAGUUUAACAGUUAAAGAAUGCUUUUGAGUGAAAUGUUAGCAUUUUCCAUUUAACAAUUCAUUCAAGGGACUGAAUCAUAGGUUAAUCAGUUUGCUUUAUGAUAAAAGAUACUCCAUAAACUUUUUUUUAGAACAAUGCUGACUUCAAUAUUUUUUAUAUAAUGAACAAAUGUGUUGUAAAAGAGAGAUUUACUGUUACAGGAUUUGUUAAAGCAGAGGUAAUCAUAAGGAUAAGAAAACUGGAUUUAGGUGAAUGUUGGAUCUAAUAUUUGAUUUCUUUUAAUUUUUUUUUUCAUCAACUAUUACAUUAAUUACAUAAAAUUUAUUUUAAGUUAAAAUACCUUAGUAAAAUAAAAUAUUUUACAUUUUUUUCAGAAAAGUAUGAAAAUCAAUGUGACAGUUAACUGUGAACAACCCAACAUGCAAAAGACUUUAGAAAUCAGUGAUUUAGGUCUUCCCCUCGUGGCCAAAUUAGAAUUGUGGAAAGAAAGACCUGACUAUUUUCACCAAAGAGAAGCAGAAGAAGUUGAAGAGGGAGAAUGUGAAUCAAAUUUGGAAGAAGAUUUGCAGAAUUUUGUGUAGUAUGCUGAAAACAAGAUUGAUACUUCAGCUGAUAAUGUUAGGGUUGCCAUUACUGACAUCUGAGAACUAUGACGACUAUAAUAACUAUCAAUUGAUUAUUAGGAAUGAAAAAAGACAAUACCAAAUGCUUGCUUUAAAUAAAUUUCUGUCUGUUGAAAGACUGAAAAGAGCUACAAAAUAAAUAUGAUUGAUUUGAAUUUAUUAUUUAAUUUUAAUGUUAAUUAGCAAAUUUAAGAUGUUUUAUGUACGGGUAUUGAUAAUUUCAUAAGAUAAUUAUUUUUUUAAAAUUUUAAGUUAACAAAUGAGGAUUUUUUUUUUAAAUUUUGAGGUAUUUCAGCAUCCACCUUUUUUCAUCUAGAGUCAUGUGGGCCAAUCUUAUAGGUUGAAUAUUGUGAAGUCCUUUUCUUUAGUUAAGAGUAAAUUAAAAUUGUUGCAGGUUUCAUUUUUAUUUGAUAUGAUUUUUAUUUAUCAAUUAAAAUAAAAUAGGAUCCCCAUUCCAACUACCGGGUAUUAAAAAAAUUAUCUUAUUUGAUGUCAUGUUUGUUUAUUUUCCUUUUUUUUUUGUGGAGAACUAAUAUGAUAAAUUAUGAGUUUUGUUUUCUUUGAGUAAUGUAAAAAGUAUGUGAUGUUACUGUUAAUAAUUAAUAACAUUAAUUAUACUAACCAAUGUUUACAUUUAUUCAAAGAGUUAUAAAAAUCCAUUUUUUUAAAACGAUAAUGUGUUUACUUAUGCCUUACAAAUUUCUUGAUUCUAAUCCUGAACACUUGUUUAAAACUUCAUGAAUAGUUGCUGCAGUUGCUGUCUGGUCCCAUCUGCUCAUUUAAAGUGGUAAUCAUUUGACAAACAUUUAAAUUAAUUAUUUUCAACAUUGGCUGAAAAAUGUAUUUCAGUUUACAAUAUUUAAAUCUUCUGUAAAAAUGUUUUUAGCUAUUAAAUUUAAUGUAUUUGUGAGAAUAUUGAAACAUACAGAAUGGCUAAAUUUAGUUUAAUUAGGCUUCUUCUUCUAUACCAUUACUUUCCUCAAUGACGUAAGUUUUCCAAAUUUCCACUUGCAUUGAACACUAUACAAAUUACUAGCUCAUAUGAAAAAGAAAAUCUGGAAAUAGAGGUAAAAUCUAUCAGCAUUUUUAAAAUCAUUUGUAUGCUUUACUUCAAAUAUAUAAAGAGUUUAGAUUAUCCUCUAUAAAUAUAAACAUAAUCUAAUUUAGAUUCUAAGAUCUAUUUGAGCUUGUAAUAAGAGGAGAGACUGCAAUCAGGUUAGUACAAAAUAAAAUGAGUAAAACAGAGUAGGGUUAAACCUGAAAAAAUAAACGCAACAUGUUCGCUGUUUUGUUGCGUUUAUUUUUUCAGGUUUAACCCUACUCUGUUUUACUAAUUCUAUUUGAGCUUAAUGGUUUUUUUUCUUUCUCCAAUAAAACUGGUGUGCCAUGGCAUAACUGAAGCAUUAAAGAGGUGCAACAUGAAGUUUUAAAUUAUAUACUGGUGAUUAAAUAUUUAGGCACACCAAAUUGCAUAAGUUUCAAGUUAUUGUAGCUUAUUUCAUCCGUAAUUAUUUUUUAGUUUUAAAACAGCAUUUUCCUUUACUUGAACUUUUUGAACAAAAAUGCUGGAUGAUACAUCCCACUCACAUCAUCACAGAAACCUAAGAUCAGCUCGAUCAGGGUGAAUUCCUUUCUCAUAACUUAAACUUAAAGUAAGGACAGAAAGAUAUAAAAAUUCUUUUGUUCCCAAGUCAGUACAAAUUUACCAGGAUGCUCCUCCAACGGUUUGCAAAUUAAGUCAUUAUUGUCACUAUUUAUGGCUGAUUUCUAUGCUAGAGAAAUACGUUCGAUGUCUUAUGUUUAAAUUGUAAAAUGUGUUGGUUAAUAAUAGGCUUUUGUUUAUGUGCUGAAAAUUGUGAAAAUGAAUAUUUACAAUAGUACAGUGUAAUUAAAAAAAACAUGUCCAUUUAUCAGUAUCAAUAAAGAAUCUUAUCUCCUCUUAUAUUUGUUCCAUGUAAUUCACUAGGAGAAAUACAUGUACAGAAACUGGUUGGUUCAUCCAGGCUUUGUUGUGUGUUGAUACUUCCACUUCACAGUUAAUAAUUUUAAAAGUUUUUAUUAUGAAAUAAUAAAUGUUAUAUGAUUUUGAACAGUUAGCAUAAUAAUUAAAAUCAAAAUGAUUAAUUAUUCAUAAUGAAUGUAACAUUCCCAUUAUUAUUAAUGCAAAUCGUAUGUUCCUGGUUGUCUUCUUGUAUGUUGGAUAUAAAGACAAUGAAUUUCUGGUUUAUGGUGUUUAACUAUGCAGUUCAUGUGAUUUUUAUUUCCAAAAUUUGUGAUGUAUACUAAGAUUAAUGCAAAAGGAUGCGAAAGCCUGAAAUUAAUUUUUACUCUUAAUUUAAUAAAUGAAAAUCUGAUGC